AGCGCGGAGGGGCGGGGGCGCGGCGGUCGGCCGGGCGUGAGCGAUCGGAGUCGAGAUGCAGGACCCCAAUGCAGACACCGAGUGGAAUGACAUCUUACGCAAAAAGGGCAUCCUGCCCUCAAAGGAUAAUUUGAAAGAAUUGGAAAAGGAGGCAGAAGAGGAGGAACAGCGAGUCCUUCAGCAAUCAGUUGUGAAAACAUACGAAGAUAUGACUUUGGAAGAACUAGAGGAAAAUGAAGAUGAAUUUAAUGAGGAGGAUGAGCGUGCUAUUGAAAUGUACAGGCAGCAGAGAUUGGCUGAGUGGAAAGCAACUAAACUGAAGAAUAAAUUUGGAGAAGUUCUAGAAAUCUCAGGAAAGGAUUAUGUUCAAGAAGUUACUAAAGCUGGUCAGGGCUUGUGGGUAAUCUUGCACCUUUACAAACAAGGGAUUCCCCUCUGUGCUCUGAUAAAUCAACACUUCAAUGAACUUGCCAGGAAAUUUCCUAAUGUCAAAUUUAUCAAAGCCAUUUCAACAACAUGCAUACCCAAUUACCCUGAUCGGAAUCUGCCCACGAUAUUUGUUUACCUUGAAGGUGAAAUUAAGGCUCAGUUUAUUGGACCUCUAGUGUUUGGUGGCAUGAGCCUGACAAGAGAUGAGUUGGAAUGGAAAUUGUCUGAGUCUGGAGCAAUCAAGACAGACCUGGAGGAAAACCCUAAAAGACCAAUCGAAGACAAGUUGCUGUCCUCGGUGCGGGGCUCAGUGCCCAUGAGGAGUGGCAGUGACUCUGAGGACGAUUAAGGCUGCAGCUAGGGUAAAGUGUCCAACCUUCUUGAUGUGACGGGUCAUCUGGAUUUUUUAAAAAAAGGGAAAAUAUAGGUUCAAAUCCUUCGGUGUUAGCCUUUUUAGUUAAGACUUGAAUCUCAGACCUCAGAAGUAAUCAUUGCCUGGAAUCCUAUCAAAUUUCUUGGAACUCUUUUAAAAUUAAGAACAUUUCCUUAAAAAAAAAAAAAGGAAACAGCUAUUGUUUUGGCAAAUUUCUGUUUUCCUCAUUUAUAUUUUAAGUAAACCAUAAAACUAUUUACUAUUUGUUGACCUAUGACAAUGUAAAGGAAUAUGUAGUUUUUUUAUAAUAUGAAUAAAUUAUACAGUAGAAAAACUUGCAAACUAAACUUUACAGUAACGUUACUGUUCAUUUUUAUUCUUUUAUAAAGAUUGCAACAUUAAUAUUGACUCAAAUAAUGGAAUGAUCUAUCGGAAAAAAUCUUGGUAUUUAUCCUAUUUCUAAAAAUUAGGAAAUUUUUAUGGAAAAAAAUAUUUGUCUUAUCAAAGCAAUAACUGGAAGAUCCAGUGAACUGCCAUUUCAUGGUGACUGUUUUUCCAUUUAAAAUAACUUUUUGUCUCAGACCAUGGGCAUGUCAACUAAUCUCAGUUACUUAAAUUCUUUUUUAGACAUAAACAGAUACACGUACAACAUAAAUAGUCUCAAUUAAUUUAAAAAAAGCAUAUUAAGAUGUUUUCUUAACCUCUUAGCAUUUGGUACUUGUAAAAUUAAUACUGGUUUGAAUCAUAAAAUUAUAAAUCAGACCAGGCACAGAAUUCCUCCAGAUUGCAUUGUAAAGUACAUUUUUGCUAUAAUUCAAAGAAUAACAAGAAGCUGUGACCCAUUUUAUCUGUGAGCAGUAUCUGUGUUAGUGACUAUUUAGUUUUCUACACACACGAGAACCACCACUGUUGAGAAAAACAUUCUCUGUUGGUUUACCUUGAAGGCUUUAAUUGCAGGUUUGAAACAGCUUGGACAGUUCUCUCACUCUCACUGGGCUUUGUGGGAGAGCUGACCUCUUGGAUUUUCUUUUGAUAGCUGACAUUAAAGUGAAAUGUGUGGGAAGAACAAAGGUGAAAAAGUUGAUUGCUGUACUCUCCUGAGAGCCGCAUUGUAUACAGCUCCCCAGAAAGAGGGAGAGCUGUGAAUGUGUGGGCACCAGCAGCCAUGGCCAUGAAGAACACCGGUUCUCUUCCACUGGGAAGCCCAUGCAGGAUGCUAUUCUGAACAUUCACUAGACCACUUAGAAAUGUGUAAGUGAGAUAACUGCCUCACAUUCUUGCCUCCACACCAGACUAAGCCACUUCAUUUGAGCCCAGCAAAAGUAAGGUGCCUGUGGACUGGAUGAACGAGCCUGUCUGUCCACUCUUGGCUCUCGGCAGCUGUUUAGUUUUGCUGACUGGACUUGAUUUAAAAUGAUGGAGAAAAGCAUCGCUAUUCUAAAAUUAAUAUUGUCAUUUAGAACCUGACCUACAAAUUUCUGCAGGUUAGUUAAUUCUGGGAUACUUGCCUAUAAUAUUUGACAUUAUCUUCUUGCUGUUUCCUUUGGAGCGACAGUGAUGUGCCAGAGGCCAGAGGACUUGGGACACAUAUAGUAAGCGUUUAUAAUUCCACAGCAGAAACACAUAGUGACCAGGGGAAACUAGACCAGAAGGAUACCAAGACCUGUCAUGUGUUGUUGGAGGGAAAGUGAUGGGGAAGGGUGUUUAUGCAAGUGCUGGGAGGCCCUUUCUUAAGUGAUUAGUGAGAAAUGGUUCUAGAAAGUUGUAAUAUUAAAUGAUUGGGAGGACUAAAACUUUGUAAUUCAAUAUGAUUGAGCCCUCUCUAUUUUGUACUUAGGUUGUAUAUCUUACCUUAUUACAAAUCUAAACCAAGUUGGCAAACCAUGGCUUAGUCAGAGUCCCAACACAGGGCAGCCUCCUCGGGUCAGUACUUCAUAAAAGUUCCACUGGGCACAAAAGGCACUUUUUCAGACAAGAAAAGACUGUUUAGAAAGAUGUUCUCUGCUACUAGUGCUACAUUUUUUUUUUGGCCAGUUUUUAUCUGGCUUUAAAUUCAAUUUUGUUAUGUAAUCAAUCCAAAUUUUAACAAAGUGCUUCUCAAGUGUGAUAACCCAAAUGUGUUGUGACUGUGUUGCUUACUAUAGAAACCUGUUCCUUUGAAAGCAAUUUUGUCCUGUUUAUGAAAGCCAGUUGUUAGUCAUAAAUAUAAGCCUUUUUGACAUGUGUCUUGAUACUGUUUGCAUUUACAGAGCAUAUGGUCACAAUUUCACCCUGUGCACACUGCCCCCUAGCAACCUUCACAAGAAACCUUGUCAUUUGCUUGCUACCAGGAAUCUCGUGGUCCAGUCUCACCACCUUGGAACCUGCACAGUAGCCUCACCUUCUCUUUCUGUUUCUUUAAGCCUCCAGUGAAGAUGUCUACUCCAGUUUUAAACCCUGCUGUGCUUUUGACCCUCUCCUCUCCCACAUUCUUUAGGAUUUUUGUUCCAGUAAAUUAUCGUCUUGAUUUCAGUCUCUCUCUCUCUUGUGAGGUCUCAGGCACUAAAAGUGUUUAGGUCUUGUGACAGAGACUGCUGUUUGCUUACCUAGUGUUCAGGAUUCUGCAAUUCUACUCUAGCAGUUGUGGGACCAGCUAAAAGAUAAAAUUUCUGACUUCUGAGCUCACCAGAGGGAGAGGUGGGCAGAAGUUGACUGGUAGUUUAAGAACAGCUUUCUUAAAAACAACAAAUCAGUAUGUACUCUUUUUGAGCUUAACCUCCUCCUGCUUCCUGCUAAAAUGUAUAUAUGAUCGCAGCCUACAUAGGCCACAGGGCAUCUUAAUAGAGACUAAAAGUAAGGAUAAUCCUGAAGGCAUAGAACCUCUGUAAUUGACCUGCCCCCUCUGGACUUGUGUUUUGCGAAAGAAUUAACUUCCACCUUGGUCUCUUUUAGUAACAGCAGAUGCAUUUCUUACUGAAGUCACAAGCUCAUCACUAGAGGAAUCAGCUUCAACCCCACUUUCUCCCCACUUUGAAAUUGCUCAAUAAAAGAGCAUUUAUAUUCCUUGUCCCCUGCUGCUACUUCAUUUUCAUUGCCUUUCAAUUACUUUAUGAAAGGACUUAAGGACUUCUAUUUCCAUUGUGUGAAGAACUACAUACUUUAAACAACUCACCUGAUAAUAACUCAAAAUGUUGGGUAAAAUUUUUAUAAUAAGGGAUUUCUUUCAAAUGACUGGAAUCCCAAAGGACUGUCUUUAGUAUUAGGGUGAGUUGGUACUACUUAGACACAGUCAUCUAUAAAGCCUUCCCUCCUGUGUGUUUGCAGUUUGAAUUCUCCUGGUGUAUGUGGUCUAAGUUCUGAAAGAAUGAAGUUCUUAAAGAGGCCCUAAAUUGUUAAUGCCUAGAAGCUCAUGACCAAAGCAAUUUUGUAGAAUAACACAGUAGAAUAAUACAGCUUUAAUAUGACCCUCAAACACUCAUGUCCUAAGUUCGGAAAUCACAGGAUGCCUUAGGUAAUGAAUCCUGAACAAAACUGAGCAGAAGGUAUUACAAUCAGACCUGCAAAGACAGUAUAUUGAAUUUUCAGGCAGAAUAUAAGAUGAAUCCAUUUAAGAUGUUUCAAUAAAAGAGUAAUGAAUUCCUGAUAUAAAAAUAAAUCUUUUACAUAAAGAAGGUUUGAAAAAGAAUUAGUGAACUGAAAAGUAGAGUCAGAUAAUUGCCAAGUCUGUAGCACGUACAGAAAAAAGGUGGGAAUAUAAAAGUUAGCUUAAGAGAUGUGAGGAAAGACUGAUAAGGUCUAACAUACCUCUUAGAGUGUUAGAAGGACAAUGCUGGAAACACUUGAAAGUACUAUAUGUUGAAAUUUUGGAAAAAAGAUUUCUAGAAUUGAUGAAAGACACCCUCAGAUUUAAAAAGCUAUAUAAAUUCCGAAUAAGUUCAAUAAAUCCAUACCUCCGUACACAGGGUGAAACUGCAAAAUAUCAGAUAUUUAUAAAAGAUAUCAGAUAUUUAUUUAUCAGACAUUUAAAAAGUUAGAUUUCCUACAGCACAGUAACAGUAAGGCUUAUUGACUUCUUAACAGCAACAAUGAAAGUCAGAAAACAAAUAAUAUCAGUGGACUAAGAAAAAACAACAAAACUAUGAGCCAAGAAUUGUUAGUAACCAGCAAAGCUCUAUUUUAGGAAUGAGGAUGAAAUAGACACUUCAGACAGAAUGAGUAAGUUUGUCAUUAGCAGACUCACUAGAGGAAACUUAAGAGGAUUUUGCUUUGUGCAGAAGGACAAUGAACUGAUAAAAGGUUUAUCAGCUGAAGGAGUUUGAAAUAAGGUCUGAAAACAUGUUGACCAAAAAUAAGAUGGGUAUAUCUGAACAAACGUUGACUUGACAAAAUAUUACAAGUAAUGUCUUUCUCACAUUAAGAGCGAAACAGAGCUAAAUAAACAGGACAAUGCAGCAUAGAACAAGCAGCAAUUGAAGAAGUAGUCAGGAUUCUCUAAUUCCUAGAUUCUUACAAGUGUUCAAAAGGUUAGCAAAGAUGUGCACGUUAAAGGUGAGUUUAUUCAUGGUGACAGUAAAAGGGAAAAAAGUGGGGGUGGAUGGCUCAGUUAAUUCAACAGAAGACCAGAAGGAAGAGUAAAAAGAAAGAAGACCCAUAGAAAGUCUAAAAUAAGUUGUUAGAAAUAAACUUAAAACAAUAGUGACAAUAAAUGUAAGUGAAUAGUACUCUUAAUGGUUGUACCAUAUGUUCUGGCAAUCAUACUCCCAGUUGUUUGUCCAACUGAUUUGAAACUACGUUUACACAAAAACCUACUCACAAACAACAGCAACUUAUAAUUGACAACGACAAAAUUAAAAUAGCAGUUGAUGAAUGGAUACACUAGUACAGUGACACAAUUGUAUGUUAUUUCAGCAAUAAAAAUGAGCUAUUCACAAAAAAACAUGGAUGCGAAGUGAAAUAAGCUUGUCUAAAAAGACUAUUGUUCUACUUAUGUAACAUUCUGGAUAAGGCAAAACUGGGUAUACUAAAAAAUCAGUGGUUACUCAGCGGUUCAGGAGCUUGAGAGAAUUGAAAAGGAAAAACUUACAGGAUUUUGGGGACUGGAAGUGUUCUGAAUGAUACAGUAGUGGUGGAGGUAUAACAUGCAUUUUUUUAAAACAUAGAAUUUUACACCAGAGAGAAUGAACUUCAUGUGUGCAAAUGUAAGAAAGUUGAGGAGUUGGGGUACCUGGAUCAAAUACAGGAUGUGACAAAAUAAUGUUAUAAAUGUGUGAAAAAACCUCACAGAAGGGGGUAGGGUAAAGGUGCUGAUAUGAGUUACUUUGGAAUUGAGUAGAGUCUACAAGAUGAAAGGCAGAAGAAACUACAUGAGCCCAGUGCUCUAGCUGAUGAGGUUUUCUCACAGCGGUACAGGUUAGCAAUUCUGAUAACUGCGGAUUGAACCAUUAAUCCUGAUACCAGGAUUGAACGAUUAAAUAACUGGAUGGCAGGUGGUGGGAACCAGGUUUCUCGCUGUUGGUUGUGAGAUUGGAGCAACAGGAGGAGGUUGGAAUGAUCUAUGUGCUAAUGGAUUGUAUGAACUCAUGUUUAGUUUAAUGUAGAUACGGAGGGUUAUUAUAUAUUUAGUGUACAGACACAGGUUAAGUGAACAUUUCUUUGCUCAGUUGAGGGAGUUUAAAAUAAGCAAUGACACCCAAGAGCAAAAACCACACCUCUCACUCAGAUGUUUGUUUCUAAUACCAUCCUCCAAAAGAGGAAGCAGAGCCCUCUAGAGAAAGUUAAUUCUUGAAACAAGAAUAGUGAAUAGACAAGAUUAACCUGGGUCAUCUUGUGCCAUAAAGAAGUGCUCAAGGGGCCUACAGGUUAUGUCUAAGCACUGUCACCGCUACCGCCUGAGUUCCAUCCCAGCCAGGGAGCUAACCCACAUAUGGCACAACAGAUCUCUCCUAUCUCGCCCGCUGCUCCCCUCAACAACAUAUUUCAGUAAAUCUGCCUGGUCUGCUCCCCACUCUGUCUCAGGUGAAUCCUUAAAUACACCACCCCCCGCCACACCUCUGGCCUACACCCCAGUUCUACACAAAAGUUUAAAAACAAAGUGCUCAAAACUAAAACCUUAAAGAUAGGAAUAUGUCAAAAGGAUACAGGAAUCCAACUGAAAGAUCGCCUAGUGGCUAAAACUGGAACAAUUUGAGCAACAAAAUAAAUAUUGGAUUAUAACCCAAAGCAUAACAUAAAUGUCCAUGAGCCCAUAAAUGAUUGAAUAGACAAGUGGAGGAGAAGAGACUAUCUCCCAUGGGGAAUUAUAAUUUAUAUAAGAUGCUCUGCACUUCAGAUAUUCCACUCCCAUUAUGGUUUGCACAGAGUAUCUUCCUUCCAAAGUGUGGAAAGGGGGAGAAAGAGUUAUUUUACUGUUUAGAAACCUGUCAAACACUAUCCCAACCAGGUGAUCAAGGUCCAAAUCAAGUGAUAAAUCAUAUUGUUGAUAAGGUCCCUGAAUGUGAUGUGAUGAAAAUGACACAAGGUAAGCUCUUUAGUUGUCCUCCCCCAAAAUCCAUAGUUAUGCACAAGCAUAUAACAAAUCUCAAUUGAGGGACAAUCUACAAAGUAGCCAGAACUACUCCAAAUUUGUCAUCAAAAACAAGGAAAAAACCGAGAAAUUGGCACUCAAGCUGUGCCUAAGGAGACAUGACUACUAUGUAAUAUGGUGUCCUGGAUGGGGUUUGAGAGUGGAAAAAAGAACACUAAAGGAAAAUGAAGGAAUUCUGAAUAAAGUAUACACUUUAUUAUGUUAGCAAUACUGAUUUAUUAAUUGUGAUAAAUGUACCAUACUAAUGGAAGAUGUAAUUACAGAGGAAACUGGGUGAAAGGUAUAUGGUUACUAUCUUCUUAAUUU